CAGACCAACGGACAUCAGUCGAUUAUUCCGUUCAAAACAAAAAACAAUAUGAAUAAGAUAUUGCUCGCGACGUUCGUGGUCGGGUUGUGCGCCUUCGCAUUGGCGUCGGAAAGCACUACAGGUAAAUCGGUAGAAAAAGCGGACAAAGCUACAGCAACUACCGACGAUAGCAAAAACCAAGGCAAGAGAGGCAUUUUCGACACCGGCUAUGGAUACGGUUCCGGCGGUUUUGGUCACGAGCUGUCCGGUCACGACUACCACCACGAACCACAAGUCCUAUCCAAGACUAUCAUCAAGGAAGUCGCCCAGCCAUACCCAGUCGAGGUCGAGAAACACGUACCGUACCCAGUAAAGGUUGAAGUACCCGUUGACCGUCCAUAUCCCGUGCAUGUACCAAAACCUUACCCAGUGCACGUCGACAAGCCCGUCCCGUAUGAAGUCAAAGUGAAGGUUCCACAACCAUACACCGUCUACAAACACGUACCUUAUGAAGUCAAGGUACCCGUCGACAAACCAUACACCGUUCACGUGCCCAAGCCGUACACCGUUUACGUCGAGAAGCGCGUUCCGUACGAGGUAACCAAGCACGUACCUUACCCAGUCAAGGUACCCGUCGACAAACCAUACACCGUGCACGUACCCGUCGAGAAGCACGUCCCUUACACCGUUGAAAAGCCCGUACCAUACCCAGUCAAAGUUCCGGUAGACCGCCCUUACCCGGUGACCGUCGAGAAGCACGUGCCGUACCCCGUCGACAAGCCAGUGCCGUACACGGUCGAGAAACCAGUGCCGUACCACGUCAAAGUUCCUGUCAAAGUCGAAGUCCCUGUACCAUAUCACCAACACGAAGAACACUCAUACAGUGAAAAUUCAUUCGGUGAACACGGAAGUCAUAGUUAUUAACAUGAUUCCGAGUUGACUUUUUUGUAAAAAUAUAUAUACAUUUAACGUGAUUUUAUUCAACGAUUGUAUUAUACUUUGUAUCUAUAUGAAAUUUAUAUUUUUUGAAUUUAGAAUAAAUGCUAUUUUAUAAAUACCUUUA